AUGGAAGCUGUACCCCUUCUCAACAAUGUGAAGGCUGAGCCUCCAGAGGACUUGUUAGCCACAGACCAUUUCCAGACACAGACAGAACCAGUGGACUUGUCAAUAAACAAGGCUAGAACCUCACCAAGAGGAGUGUCAUCUUCUCCACUCUCCAUUGCAACUUCUGCAGCUUCACCUUCAAAUUCUUCAUCUUCCUCCAGCUGUCCUGUUUCAUCACCAACCGUGAUAACUUCGGUACCAUCAACAGCAUCAGUGCCAACAGUAUUAACUCCAGGGCCACUUGUGGCUUCAGCAUCUGGGGUCGGUGGCCAGCAAUUUUUGCACAUUAUUCACCCCGUCCCACCUUCAAGUCCUAUGAAUCUUCAGUCUAGUAAACUGAGUCAUGUUCACCGUAUACCAGUUGUUGUGCAGUCAGUUCCUGUUGUUUACACUGCCGUGCGAUCACCAGGAAGUAUGAAUUCUACGAUAGUGGUACCUUUGUUAGAGGAUGGUCGAAGUCAUCUUAAAGCACAUAUGGAUCCCCGGGGACUGUCUCCUAGACAGAUAAAAAGUGAUAGUGAUGAUGAUGACCUGCCAAAUGUGACUUUAGAUAGUGUCAAUGAAACUGGGUCUACAGCUCUUUCCAUAGCACGCGCAGUACAAGAGUGA